AUGCCAAGGUUCAUAAGAGCUGUGUCAUUUGUAACAAUAGCUACAGUUAUAGGUACGUCGUACUACUAUUAUGCCGUUAAGAGACCAUUAUAUAAGGAAUCAGAAUGGUAUCGUGUUUCCACUCAGACGUCUGGUAUCAUUAAUCGUAAAUUAGAACUUCCAGUAGAGAGUGCUGAUACCAGUAUGCAAGAGUAUGUUGUUCGGAGCAACAAGGAGACUAUGAAGGACAUCUGGAAUGAACAAAUAAGAAGUGCGGUUGGUUGGAUUUAUUCGUGGAGCCAUUGA